CCAGCCAGCUCCAUACAGUCCGUAUCAUAAUACUAUUCCAAAGAACUUGAGCAGAUGUACAUAGAUCCCAAACUGCAUAUGCACGAAGGAAACUAUAAAUAACCUACAAACUUGUUCGGGUAGCAUGCAAGGGUGUGUGACUUCAUAACAAACCAGGACAGGUAGAGUUUGUUGUGUUCUGCAAGGUACACCAGUACAACAUGACAGUUUGAUGGUGUUGUGACAGUUAACACCACAACCAAAUACAAUACUGCAGUGAUAUUCCCUGGUUCCAGUGUUACCUGCGGACCUGCGGACCUGCAAUCUGAACAGAGGACACCAUUGUGGAUACAGCACAUGACAACGCAGGUUUUUAUAACUACAAACUAUAAAGACAACCAAACCCAGAUCUUAUGCCUAGAAAUGAGUCUGUCAUGAGGUGAAAGCCCAAGGACACUACUUCUUCCUUCUACAGCAUCUACGCUGAGGCAGAGUCAAUUAAACCAGGAUCCCAAGAACAUGUUUAUUAUAUUCUCCACUGGAGCAGAGAAGAGUUGGGAUAUACACAUUGCUGUUUGCAACAAAUUGUAAUGUAACCUGUCACUUGAUUCUGAAGACAUGAUCCUUUCAUGUCAUGUGCGUAUAAGUAACAGCAAGGAUGCAUGUUGUAUGAACUGAAGUAGAAAUAUUUUCCUGGUUAUCUGUGAUAUACAUGACUGGACACAUUCAAUAACAACCCUGUCUCACAGCCAAGUAGAAGAUGGCACACACCAUGUUGGUGUCACUCUCCCUUCUCCUCCUCAUACAGUGUGCUCAAGCAACGCUGUACAACACAUCUUCAUCAUGCUUCAAAGGCACUGGAAGGAAUGAACAAAUAUCUGCCACCUGUGACCUCAACACUACCACUGAGGUAGGGAUCAUUGCUGUUCGCAGACUGUUUUAUGGGGUAAAACUGAAGAGCAAUGAGUGCCAAAGUACAGAUAAUGCCUCUGUGUGCUGUGAACACAAGAAAACAGAUUGUCUUCUAGUCUCUGCAGCUGGACAGCUCCCUGAGACCACAAUGUCAGGAUGCUCUGGCCAGGCAGAGUGUCUGAUUCAAGCCAAGCAGAAGUUCACUGGCUCCUGUCCAUAUUCCAGCCUCUUUCCUUCCUUCACUACAUAUGGCCACAUGGAGUAUGAAUGUAUCAACGAGGGGCUCCUGAUAGACAUGUGCCAUGCAGGCAUCAUUGAGAGCAACAAGAUCCUGUACAUUUCCAGCAACAUCUACCAUUUGAACAAUGAGCACCAGGACAAGUCCUGCUCCUGUUCAGUGACAACAAAGUGUGGGGAAACUAUAGACGUAGAAGCCGUUGACAUCCGGCUGCACCGAACCCAUAGAUCCUGCACAGAGAACCUCCUCAUCCUGGACAACAAGAACACCACCCAUAACAACACCAUUACAUGUUACAACACAGGCCUCAAUGGGUUCAUCAACAUCUUCACAAGCCAAUCAAAUAGUCUCACCUUGAACAUGACUAUCAAUGGCAACCACACAGGAAAAGUCUGGAUCAAAUUAAAAGGGACAUCACCAAACACCACUGUGAAUCUCAAGUGUGGAGUAUUGAGCACUCAUCCAGACCAUCUCUGUCCGGGGGACAUGACAACACCACCUGUGACAACACCACCUGUGACAACACCACCUACAACACCACCACCUACACCAACAUCAGCAACAACUCCAACGACAACUGUCAAGAAGUGUGGAUCUGAAGAGGACUGUGGGGAGCCAGUUCCACCAGGGGCUCAAACAGGAAGGGUUAUCCACAGGUGCCAUCAUCGGCAUCAUCCUGGCUGGGGUCUUUAUCCUUCUUGUAAUCAUCCUCAUCCUUGUCCUGAUCUUCCGCAGGAAUACAACUCCGGGAUCUGAUGAUGAUUACACCACGCCAACAUACACACCGGACUAUGAAACACUGAGGAACUAUGUGCCACACGAGAGGGCCAUGGUGGCCUAUGACAACCAGAUCUACUUGCAUGACAAGAUGGAGUCUCAAGAAACCAACCAUGACUAUGAUGAGCUGCAGGCAAAGACGGAGCCUGGAGCUUGCAACUAUGACAACGCUGCCGUGCAAUUCCAACCUCCUGAAUAUGACAAUCACCUAAACGACUCUGUGAUGGAAAUGCCUAAAGGAGCAAUUGGUUAAUUACUGCAUUAAAGAACAGACUGAAGGACAUCUCAAAACCUUCCUCUUCAAAAAAGUCUACAACCUGUAACUGCGAAAUAUUCUCAUGGUCAUUUUGACGAAUUGUCAUAUCUUCCUCUUGAACUCUAGUGACUCUUUUUAUAUGUAGCGCUUUGAGCAUGCUCUGGAUGGACUAUGGCGCAUAAGAAAUAUCCAUUUAUUAUUAUUAUUAUUAGUAACCCGAGUGAACACUUUGGAUGAACUGAUCCAAUACACUUAUUUGCUUUGGAGACAAACCUACUGAUUUCAAGCUAUGAUAUGAAAAAAUGCACAAAUGUGAAUUAACUGUUUGUCUUUAGCUUUUUGAAGAAACAGCAAAGGCAAGAUAUUUAUAUGAAUAAAGCUCUUAAUUCUAUUAUUGAGCUUUCAUCCAUAAAAGUAUCUUGCCUUCACUGUUACUCAACAAUGUGAAUCAAACAGGUUUUCAAGUAAAGAUUAGUAUUUCAUACCUCUCAGCAUAAAUAUAAAUGAACUUAGUUCUCUCCAUUCUUCUGUGACAUACGCUAUGUUAUAUUAAUUGGUUUCUGAUAAAGCAUCUGGGUUUUACUUCGCACAAAUAGUUAGGGGCCAAUGGGCACAUGAUUAUAUAUUUCAAGGAUUCUUCCUGGAAAUAUCAGAAUUAAUUAAUGAGAUGGUGUAGCAUCCUGUACUGUGGGAUUUUAAGAAUUUUUAAAAUUUAUGUCACUGUGUGUAUUUCAGGAUGCAAUGUCUAUAUUAUUCUGUGUCCAUUUCAUAAAUGUGAGACACACAUGUAAAACCCUACAGGACAAUACAUGAUCAGGCUUUGCGAAUGACCAAAUUGAGGUGAACUGAGGGUUGACGGUAAAAUAUCACAAAACCUACAAUUGUGCUUUUUAUUACUCACUGUAUAUAUUCCAUGUGCACUUCUUAGAAAAUAUUCAGGUUGAUGCAUAUAAUCAGUGAAGUCAUGAAUAAACAAGUGUCAUUUAUUUAUCUAUGUACAGAAACAUAAAGUUGACAAAUAUGUUCAUCCAGAUGCUAUCGUGGAAAUUAACCAGCAAUAACUUCUGUUCCCAAAGUGAUAAUAUGUACAAGAUGUCCCCUUCAAGGGCUCGAAAUUAUUGACAUUCAUUAUGGUGAAAGAGGCAGAGGUAUAGAGCUGACCUACAAAAAAAUCCUUAUCAUGGCAAAGCUGGAUCUGAACAUACAACCAUUAAAUAUCUUUAAAAACCUAAUGGGCAUAACUCUUUGGCACUUCAGACAACAAGGCUACCCUGGGUGAAGAAUUCCUCUGUAAAAAAAGUCACUGUUAUAUUUUUUGUCAUGACAACAAAAUAAAAUACAUCUUUCUCA